AUGAAUUUUAUUAUCUGGAACAGUAGAGGUGCCCUGAAGCCUAAUUUUCAGGGUCAUAUUCGAAAUCUAGUCCAGGAGCACAAUCCGGCAAUUUCUGUGGUUAUGGAGACUAAAUUGGGAGGGGAUAGAGCUAAAGCUAUUACAAACAGAUUGCCGCUAGACGGAGCCAUUCACACAGAUACCAUCGGAUUCUCUGGUGGAUUAUGGCUUCUUUGGGAUUCAGAGUUAGUGGAGGUGCAAUUGCUUGCGAAGACCGAGCAGGAAAUUCAUGUUGAAGUUCAGGUACGAAACUUUAGACUCACCUGGUUGUUUUUUGCUAUUUAUGCUAGUCCUAGGUCUGAGGAAAGAAACAUAUUGUGGGAAAACCUAACUAGAGUUGCAGAAUUACACAACUUGCCAUGGGUUAUGGCUGGUGACUUUAAUGAGCCGUUAAUUGAUGAGGAUAAAUUUGGAGGUAGAGGUGUUCACAUCAAUCGAUCUCUGGCUUUUAAGGAUUGUCUUGAUAGAUGCAGUAUGGCAGAUAUGGGAUUUUCUGGUCCUAGAUAUACUUGGACUAACAAAAGAGAUUUCAAUAAUUUGAUUUUGGAAAGGAUUGACAGAUUUUUUAUGAACCCGGAUUGGUGUGUUAUGUACCCAAAUGCUAGAGUUACCCAUCUUCCGAGGUGUCACUCUGACCACUGCCCUGUUCUCUUGGAAACUCUUUCAGUCAGAACAGUCAAGCUCCCUAGGCCUUUCAAGUUUCAAGAGUUUUGGCUUUCCGAUAUCUCCUUUCCCACCAUUGUUUCUAAAGCUUGGAAUGGGAAUAGGGAUUUAGCGGAGUCUAUUGAUUGUUUUUCGAAGGAUGCAACAGUGUGGAAUAGGAACCAUUUUGGAAACAUCCAUCAGAAAAAAAGGAGAAUUUUGGCUAGAAUUUAUGGUACCCAAAAGGCUCUGGCUAACAAUCCUAACUCCUCUAUUCAUCUAGAGAAUCAACUCCAAAAAGAACUGGAGUCUAUUUUGGACCAGGAGCGAGAUCUCUGGAUGUUGAAGUCCAGGCUGAACUGGAUGAUCCAAGGGGAUAGAAACACCUCUUUUUACCAUGUUUCUGCCCUUGCCCGAAGGAAGAGAAAUCACAUUGCAGCAGUCAAGGAGCAGUCAAGGAUGAUAGGGAGUUAUGGAUCACUAAGGAAAGGGAUGUUAUGGAGCAUUUUAGGCAAGGUUUCCUUACCUUGUAUACCACUGGCCAAGAGGCAGUCUCUUGGAAGCCCUCCUGCUUAG